AGAAAAACCUUGUGAUCCUUGUUCCAGGCGACAUGGAGGACGACUCACUCUGCUCGGGAGGUGAGUGGCAGUUCAACCACUUUUCAAAACUCACAUCUUCUCGGCCAGAUGCAGCUUUUGCUGAAAUCCAGCGGACUUCUCUCCCUGAGAAGUCACCACUCUCAUGUGAGACCCGUGUCGACUUCUGUGAUGAUUUGGCUCCUGUGGCAAGACAGCUUGCUCCCAGGGAGAAGCUUCCUCUGAGUAGCAGGAGACCUGCUGCGGUGGGGGCUGGGCUCCAGAAUAUGGGAAAUACCUGCUACGUGAACGCUUCCCUGCAGUGCCUGACAUACACACCGCCCCUUGCCAACUACAUGCUGUCCCGGGAGCACUCUCAAACGUGUCAUCGUCACAAGGGCUGCAUGCUCUGUACUAUGCAAGCUCACAUCACACGGGCCCUCUACCGUCCUGGCCAUGUCAUCCAGCCCUCACAGGCAUUGGCUGCUGGCUUCCAUAGAGGCAAGCAGGAAGAUGCCCAUGAAUUUCUCAUGUUCACUGUGGAUGCCAUGAAAAAGGCAUGCCUUCCCGGGCACAAGCAGGUAGAUCAUCACUCCAAGGACACCACCCUCAUCCACCAAAUAUUUGGAGGGUACUGGAGAUCUCAAAUCAAGUGUCUCCACUGCCACGGCAUGUCAGACACCUUUGACCCUUACCUGGACAUCGCCCUGGAUAUCCAGGCAGCUCAGAGUGUCAAGCAAGCUUUGGAACAGUUGGUGAAGCCCGAAGAACUCAAUGGAGAGAAUGCCUAUCAUUGUGCUCUUUGUCUCCAGAAGGCGCCUGCCUCCAAGACGUUAACUUUACACACUUCUGCCAAUUUCCUCAUCCUUGUAUUGAAGAGAUUCUCCGAUGUCACAGGCAACAAACUUGCCAAGAAUGUGCAAUAUCUUGAGUGCCUUGACAUGCAGCCAUACAUGUCUCAGCAGAACACAGGACCUCUUGUCUAUGUCCUCCAUGCUGUGCUGGUCCACGCUGUGUGGAGUUGUCACAACGGACAUUACUUCUCUUAUGUCAAAGCUCAAGAAGGCCAGUGGUAUAAAAUGGAUGAUGCCGAGGUCACUGCCUCUGGUAUCUCUUCUCCUUUGGGUCAACAGGCUUAUGUCCUCUUUUACAUCCAGAAGAAUGAAUUUGGAAGACUCAGUUACAGUGUGUCUAUAGCCAGGGAUCCAAGAGCUGUUUGUGCUGAAGAGAAGUUAAUUGUGUGUGAAAUAAAGUGUCACGAAGAAAUCUUGCAGCAGAGUAUUUAUUUGUCUUACUUUGUAAUCAGUGAAUGAGCUUUAACGAAUAUCAAUGCCUAGUGCCUACCCCCCAGAGAUAAGAACUUCCAGUCUCUCAUGUGUAAUCGUGGCAUCUGGAUUGCUCAUUAUUCUGAAGAUAAUUCUCCUGUCCCCCAAAAUUUCAGAAUCACUUCAGGUGGUAGAAACAGAAAACACAUCAGUC